AUGGUAUCCAUCAGCUUUCCAGCCGCUGAGCGUAGCGUCAUGAUGGUUUCAGAGGAAAUAAGUGUAAUAAUCAAAGGCGAAACUCCGAUCAAGAGACCCGAUCCGGGCAGUUUUGUUUUGGAUUGCAACAUACGAAAUAAAAGUUUUCCUCGAUCCCUUUGUGACCUAUGUUCCAGCGUGAACCUCAUGCCGCACUCUGUCGCAAUAUCCCUAGGAUACGACAAGUUCAAACCUACCAAAAUAACUCUGGUUCUGGACGAUAGAUCAGUUAGAUUACCUGAGGGAGUGCUUGACGACGUGCCGAUAAGGAUUAAUGAUUGUCAUGUCCCAAUGGAUUUCGUGGUGCUAAAAUACCGAAAUGAACCAAAGGAUCCCCUCAUUUUAGGUAGACCGUUUCUAGCUACAGCAGGUGCGAUAAUCGAUGUCAAGGAGGGUAGAAUAAGUCUAAACAUCGGAAUCAUUCCGAUGACCUUCGACAUGGAUAAGCUGAUAAGACGACCUUUAAUCGAUAAACAGACUUCCUAUGUGGAUGCUAUCUGCGAAUUGACUGAAGAAUAUUUCAUAAACAUGUGA